AUGAAUAAUUUACAUGAUGAAGAUUAUAGAAAAAUGCUGAAAUGUUUCCGGCAUAGUGAUUUGAGAGCAUUAUUGGAAGCUUUCGGAGGAAAUAAUGUAGGACAAAGAACUGAAUUACGAGAACGGGCACUUGAAUUGUUAAGUUCUAGACCAAAUGACCUUAACUAUGUAGCAUAUCUAUCAAAAAUAUAUGAUAUAUACCAUCUCUUGCCAUGUAAUCGAUCUGGUUUUUCUAAUAAUAAUAUGAUGCACAGUUCCAUGCAAACUCAAAAAAGGCCUCGACAAAGUCAGAUGAUUCCUAUAAGCCCACAACAAAGAAUGUACCGACCGCCACAAUAUCAUCAACAAUCAAUGUAUAUGCCCCAAGCUAGAUUGCCACAUCUUAUGACCAAAAGAGAGGGAGGCAUAUAUAGAAACCUCACUGGUGCAAAUACUAUUCCUAAAAACACUAUGGCUAACAAUCACAUUCAGUAUGUGUCUGGCAAUGAUCAGUCAGUAAGACCUCAAAUUAUUGUACUAUCCCCUCGUCCAUCCCAAAUGCCCUCAAAUCAACAAAAUAUGUAUGCAAUGAUACAAAAUACAUUGAGGUUUGAUUUGAAUGCAUCCACUGGUAGAAACAAUAAUGCUCUCAUCCCAUCUCCUCAAAUUGUAGCCAAUUACAAGUUUAAAAAUCUACCAUUUUAUGAUGUUAUUGAUGAUAUCAUUAAGCCAACUCUUCUAGAUGGUUCAGAAAUAUGUACAUUAUCAAACUUUGCUAAAGGUAUGAGAGAAUGUACAUUUGAACAUACUAUGUCAGUCGAACAAGCAACGCUUAUUUCAAUGAACCGGGACAUUUCCCCUGGUAAACCUGAAUAUUAUGGUAUUCAGUACCAAAUAAGGAUUUGUCAGUUGGAAAAUUACGUGUAUGAUGAGGUAACUGAUUAUUUGCCCAUUGGACUUCAUAUUCGAGUUUGUAAUUAUUAUUGUGAAUUGCCACCUAUUGUUACUCGUGAACGAUCAGAAAUGAAGUCUAGACGAGCUGCUAGACCUAUCAAUAUUACUCAGUUUUUAAAACUUUGUCCAUUUAUUAAAAAUGUUAUCUCUAUAAAUUGGAUUCCUGAUGGGAAAAAAUACGCCUUGGCAAUGUAUAUUGUAAAACAAUUAAGUCUAGAUACUUUGAUGAAAAAACUUCAUGAUAAAAAAGUGAGGAGUUCAGAAGAAACAAAAAAUUACAUUAUUAAAAAGUUGACAAAUGUUGAUCCAGAUUUGACCGCUACAUCAUCUUAUAAUUUUUCCUUGGUCUGUCCAUUGAGUAAAGUUAGAAUGAAGAUACCUGCAAAAUCUAUCCAUUGUGAUCAUAUUCAGUGUUUUGAUGCAGGUACAUUCAUUUUAAUGAACGAGAAAAAGCCACAAUGGAUGUGCCCAACGUGUAAUAAAUCGUGUUUGUACGAUGACAUACAAAUAGAAAAUUAUUUUUUGGAAAUUAUAAAAAGUCCUACACUUAGUGACGACAUCAAUGUAAUUGAAAUUUUGGCAGAUGGUUCAUGGAUUAUACCUGAAGAAAAUGAAGAUACAAAAAAUAUGAAUAGAACUAUUGAUAAUAAAGUAAAACCUAUUGAUUUUAUCGAUUUAGAUGACAUUGACGAUGAAAAAUGCAUUGAGUCAAAAGAAGAACCUAGGCCAGGAGGUUCAGAAUGCCAGAAAUCUGAAAACUUGAAACCACAUCUUGUCGGUAUGACAAAGGAUGAGGAUGAAGAACCAUCAAAGCAAAAAGAUAAACUGUGAAAAUGUGGCCCAGGCAGCAGAUGCUAGACAGCCAGUUACUAAAGAUGAACUAAAACCACAAUUUCAAGUAAACAUUAAAAUAAACAUUUUGUCCCUUCCUUCAAGUCCUACCACUACAACUGAAGCCUCUUAACUUUUAUAUUAAUUUUUAUUAUUUUUAUUAUUAUUAUAAUUUAUAAGUGAAACAAUUUUGGACACAAACUUUUCAAAAGAUGAUAGGGUCUAUUAUUUUAAACAAGAUAAAAAUAUUUAAUAUCCUUUCUGUCAUAAUAAUUUUGGUCAUAAUCAAUGUAUUAAUUUUAAAUCAUGGUUAUUACUUAUUACUAACUUGUACCGUCGAUUUACUCGAAUCAAUAUAAAUGUGUGCUCUGAUAAUGGGUAGGUAUUUUUUUAUUUUAGUAAUUUUAUUUUUAUUAAGUUUUUUCAUAACUAUAUGAUUCAAAUUUUUCUUAUUGUUUAUAUUCAUACGCCCAAUUAUCUAUUUAUGUUUUUUUCACAUUUUCACCCGUGAACAGAUUAAUUUUGUUCAAUCUUUCAUUCCUCACUAUUUUUGUAACUUACAUGUACUUAUAUUUUCACAUGUAACCUAACAUAUAAUUUGUAUGAUUAGCAUUUUUUUUUUAUCAAAUACUCUUUUUGUAUUUUUUAAUUUUAACUAUCUAGGCAACUUUUAUUUUGAACCUUUCAUAUUAGUAUAUUAUUAUUUUGAUUGAUCGCUGUACGUAUAAUAUUUUCAUGUGUACCUAUAAAAUAAUUAUAACCAACUUAAUUAAUAAUGUUUUUUUUUGUAUUUGAACAUAUUUUUACCUAUGUGGCUAUUUACAACUAUUCAUUUUUUGAAUUCAUUCAUAAUUUUAUAUUAUUGUUUAUAAUUAUAUACCAGUAUAUACUUAUACAGUAUACUCGUUGUGUUAUGAACUAUUAUUUAUUGUUUCUGUUACAAUAAUAUGUCAAUAUGACUAUACUUGAUUAUAAAAUUGUAAAAUGUAAUUAUAAUAAAACCCUGGUAAAGUAAUCCUAGGUUAGGUAAAGACCCACAUAUGUUUUUAAUAGCUGUAAAAAAAUAUUUAAAUACAUGGGUGCAAUUUUUUUGAAGUUCAAAUUUUGACAAAAUUAGUCAAUAUAACGAAAAUGUCCAAAUCAUUUUGUAGUUAAGGCGCCUCGCAACGGUCAUUAUUUAAGGGGCAACAUUUAGGCAAUUUCUAAUCUUGCCAUAGCCACCCGGGAUCUAUGUGUUAGUUGUAAAUGAUUUAUUUAAAUUAGUUUGAGAGGAAUUAAAUGCGGGUAUCGUUUCCUUCCACAUCAUCAAACCUAUCUCGUACACGCAUGUACAUAUUAAUAACUCUAUAACCAUGUAUUUCAAUACACCAAUUUUACAACAACAUACUUAUUGUUUUGACAAAAUUAAAGUUGGUUAACAUUAUCUGAUUUUGAUUCUGAAAAAAUAUUUGAAUUCAGCAAAAAAAAUGUCUGUAGAUCGUACCAAACAUUUUCCGUUU